CACAGACGCGCACCCCACCUCAGAUGGUUCCCGCCAUUGCCGUUCCCUCCCAAAUUUCUCAAAAUAAAAGAGGAAAAUGCCCUUCCCAUCUGAACCCCAUUUCUCACUCUCACAAAUUUUCCAAUCUGAGAAACCCAACUUACAGAAAAAAAAAAAAGACAAUGGACCUCUCAGAAAUUGCCAAAAAGCUUGGCCUCUCACAACCCAAACACCUUAUCCGCAAAGCCGCAGAGCUCCGCCGCCUAGCAGACGCCCAAUUUGAUUCCUCUAUCAUUGGUGUUGGGGAGAUCUGCAAGGCUAUAAUGUGCUUAGAGAUUGCUGCUUCUAGGAUGGAUGUGAUUUUUGAUCGACAAGCAGCGAUAAGGUUAAGUGGGAUGUCAGAGAGGGCUUAUAUUAGAUCCUUCAAUUCAAUGCAAAACGGCAUUGGAGUCAAGAACAAUGUUGAUGUUAGGGAAUUGGCAGUCCAAUUCGGAUGUGUAAGGCUCAUUCCAUUUGUUCACAAAGGCUUGUCUUUAUACAAGGAUCGAUUUCUUUCUUCCUUGCCCCCAUCUCGUAGGGGCACUGCUGAUUUCACUCGCCCUGUAUUCACUGCUGUUGCAUUCUACCUUUGCGCGAAAAAAUACAAGCUGAACGUAGAUAAGAUAAAGUUGGUUGAAAUCUGUGGCACCUCAGAAUCUGAAUUUUCAAGUGUAUCCAUCUCCAUGAGGGACCUAUGCUUCGACGAGUUUGGCGUGUCAAAGGAGAAAAAGGAUCCUAGGGAAAUAAAAGGAAACCGAGCACUGCUGGAUGCAUUGCCUGAAAAGAGGACCGCGGAGGAUGGUGGUUAUUUAUCUGAUGAUGGUGGGGAGCCUUCUGCCUAUAAAAAGCGUAAGCGAAAGGACAGACACGAUUAUGAGGAGUGGAAAUCUGCAGUUCUGGGUUGUAAUGGUCGCACCAAGGCCAAAGCCCCUGCUAGGAGAGCAAAACAAGCCAAGCUCAGCUUUUUGAAGAAGGCUGUUGAAACACAGGUGCAAGCUACAUGAGGCACAUUCUUCCUCCUUUCGGCUUUUGUUGAUGAGCCUUCGGAUUCAUGUUAUCUCACGAGAGCUGAAUGACUAAUUCUUUUAUUUAUACUCCUAACUGGAGAUGCGCAAUGGUUCAUGCCGACUCCCAACCUCUUUUGUUGGUACUGCCUUCUCCAUGGGUCGCAAAAUGAGCAAACAUGCAUAGGAAGUGCCCAGUAACUUAAAAACUGCUCUAGCGUCACAGAGAUCGCUGUGUGCUGUACGAAGCAGGAAGAAGUAUAUAUUUACUACUGUACAUGGUUACCUACAUGCUUCAGCAUCAAAUUUUCCCACCUGUUAGCUUAUUUAAAGCUGUUCAAUUUGCCAUUAGAGAUUCAAUGCCCUUUUAUGCAGUAGGUAAAAAAGAUUGAAUUUUGGAUACUAGUUAGUUCAUUGAUGGAUGGACCUGUAGCAUAACUUGUUUAUGUUAAUUGAAUUGGUAAAUGGAGAGGUUCAUUGGGGGCAGGU